GGCUUGAUGCUGCGAAAGUUGUAUUUCUGAAAUUCAGUUGCAUCUCAGACGUCGCGACGGCAGCACACGCGUCGCUCCCCCACAGAGAAAACUCGAUGAACAUACAGUAGAAAACCACGCAGAGAACGCAUAUAGCGAUUGUAAAUCUGAAAAAUUAUCCCAAAAAAUAACAAACAAACGCGAAACUCGCAGCGUUGCCAAAAACAAAAUAAAGUGCUUCAAAUGUUUAAAAGAUAAAGAUAAUAAACCCAAGGCCCUUUGCCGUUUGCCCAAAUGGCCGCCACACGUGUGUGCUCUAUAAGAAAGAAAUAAUAAUACAAAACAAAAACCCAGAAGAACCCAAACCCGAAACCUCUCAACACAAAACUAUCCGAAUCAAAAGUAAAGCAAAAGUGUUACAAUAAGCAUUCCAAAUGUUGUCCUGUUUGGCGCCGUCUUCUUCACGUUUCGGCCCAGAGGAUACCAUCAAUCAGCAGAGCAUGCCAUCCACAGCCUUCACCAUGCAGUUUCCCUCGCUGGCCUCCACUUUGCUCCACAACCAGUCGCCGAAGCACAGCAGUCCGGGAUCCAGCGGGAUCCAGGGUGCCCAUCCCAACCAGCCAGGUGCAGCUGCAGAUGCCUUUUUGGUCAACUGCACCCAGUGUCACAAGCGCUUCACAGAGUUUCAGUCUCUUAGCGAGCACAUUGCCAGCGAACAUCCCCAUGACAAACUGAAUUGCGGAGCUGCUCAACCUGAAAGCGAUGCCGAGGAUGAGCAGAGCAACCUGAGCGGUAGCAGUAGGCGGUACGCGAAAUCGCCGGCUACCAGCAAUAACAACAAUAACAUUAGCAGCAACACCAAUGCCAACAGCAAUACUCAGUCGAGUAAUAACAACAACAGUGAGCUGGCCAAGAAUCACAAUAGUACGAUUAAAAUGUCGCCAAUGUGCUCACCUGUAUCGCUGACACCUGGUGACCUUUUCGCCCAACUGCCACACCCACCAGCCCAUCUGCCCGCUCACCUGCACGCCCAAUUCAUGGCGGCCGCCGCCUCUCUGGCCAUGCAAUCCGCCCGAUCCGCCAGUUCCCCUAGCCAGCAGCAGCAGCAGCAGCAGCAUCAGCAACAAUUGCAGCAGCAACAUCAGCAACUGCAACACCACCACCACCAGCAGCAGCAGCAGCAGCAGCAACAACAGAUGGGCCUGCAAUUGCUGCCACCUCAAUUGCCCGGCAGCAACAGCAGUGUGGGCAGUAACUCUGCCUACGAUCUGGAUCUGAGUGCCCCGCGAUCCACCUCAAGUCCGGGCUCCACAACUGGUGAUCUGAGUGGCGCCUAUCCCUGCAUGCAGUGCACCGCAUCCUUUGCAAAUCGGGAGCAGCUCGAACAGCACGAGCAACUGCACUCGCCCUGCGGACAAACCGCGAUUACUAAUGUCUCACAGACCUGCCGAAUUUGCCACAAGGCGUUUGCGAAUGUCUACCGCCUUCAGAGGCACAUGAUCAGUCACGACGAGAGUGCGCUCCUGCGGAAAUUUAAGUGCAAGGAGUGCGAUAAGGCCUUCAAAUUCAAGCACCACCUUAAGGAGCACGUGAGGAUCCAUUCCGGCGAGAAGCCCUUCGGAUGCGAUAAUUGCGGCAAAAGAUUCUCGCACUCGGGCAGCUUUUCCUCGCACAUGACCUCGAAGAAGUGCAUCAGUAUGGGUCUGAAGUUGAACAACAAUCGUGCUUUACUGAAGAGACUAGAAAAAAGUCCCGGCUCUGGAUCGACGGGAUCGCGCCGAUCUCCCUCUGACCAUGGAAAAGGAAAGUUGUCGGAACAGCAGCCAUCGCUGCCGGGACUGCCCAAUCCAAUGAUCUAUUUCGCCAGCGAUGCCCAGGGACAAGGUGGAAAUUCGGCGCCUGCGCCCUUCCAGCCUUUCAACCCCACCAACUACAUGAAUGCCGCUCUUCUGGCCUUCCCCCAUAACUUUAUGGCUGCUGCGGCAGGAGUUCAUCCGUAUAGCAUCCAGAGAUUGCUGCAACUGUCGGCUGCUGGUCACCAGCAUAGGGAGGAGGAGCGAGAGCAGCAGCAGCAGGAGGAGGAGGAGACCCCCGAUGAACCCAAACUGGUAAUGGACAUCGACGAGCCCGAGGUAAAGCAAAGAGUUCCCACACCUGAAGUCGCAGAAGAAGCAGCUCCCAUCAAGCGGGAAGCCAGCAGGGAAGCCUCGCCAGCUCCAGAAAGUUACCAGUCAUCCCCCCAAGCGAUCAAACAGGAACAGGAGCCUCUAAGUGUGGUACAAGAAGUUCAAUCUCCCGUGGAAGAAGCGCCACAAGUAGAACAACCCGCUGAUCUACGUUGCAGUCGCUGCUCCAAACAGUUUAAUCACCCCACGGAGUUAGUGCAACACGAGAAGGUCCUUUGUGGCUUGAUUAAGGAGGAGAUGGAACAGCAUUUCCAGCAGCAGCAACAACAACAAGGCAAUUCCUUUGCCCUGGCCUCUGCCAGCGAGGAAGAUGAGGAAGACGAGGAAAUGGAAGAGGAGCCUCGGCAGGAAAGUGGCGAAAGGAAAGUCCGUGUGCGAACGGCCAUCAAUGAAGAGCAGCAGCAGCAUUUGAAGCAGCACUACUCCCUAAAUUCGCGACCGAGUCGAGAAGAGUUCCGUAUGAUUGCCGCCCGCCUUCAGCUGGAUCCCCGUGUGGUCCAAGUCUGGUUCCAGAACAAUCGCUCCAGGGAGCGAAAGAUGCAAAGUUUCCAGAGCAAUCAAGCCGCCACACCAGUGGCCAAUGAGUCGCAGACAUCUCAAACCCGGGAAGAUCAACCACUGGAUUUGUCUGUGAAACGGGAUCCUUUAACACCCAAAAGUUCACCUCCUUACAUAGCUCCUGGCUCGGGAGAACCAGCAAACCCCGAAGCCAUCAAUCUGAGCAGGAAGUUCUCCACAUCCGCAUCGAUGUCCCCAGCCUCGAUUUCACCCUCAUCCGCGGCAGCCAUGUACUUCGGAGCUGUUCCGCCGCCUUCGCCUCCAAAUAGCCAACUGGAGGCCACUCCUCGCAGUGGUCAGGCCUUUCCGGGAUUACCCUACAUGCUGCCCAUGCCGUUGCCCAUGGAGGCGCUGUUUAAAAUGCGUCCGGGUGGAGAGUACGCCCCUAACCAUCCCCUGAUGAACAGUAUUAAGCUGCCCGAUUACCGGGGCACCAGUCUGAGUCCCGGUGGAUCGGAGAAGCGAUCGUGGCGGGACGAUGACUCGCGCAUCUCGCACGAGGAUGAGUUUGGAGGAGGUGGCUUAAUGCCACCAAAGCCCAGGAGGGGCAAGGCGGAAACCCACGGCCAUGCGGGCGAUCCCGAUCUGCCCUACGUGUGCGAUCAGUGCGACAAGGCCUUCGCCAAGCAGAGCUCCUUGGCGCGUCAUAAGUACGAGCAUUCCGGUCAACGACCCUACCAGUGCAUGGACUGCCCCAAGGCCUUCAAGCACAAACAUCACCUCACGGAGCACAAGCGUCUGCACAGCGGGGAAAAGCCCUUCCAGUGCUCCAAGUGCCUGAAACGAUUCUCACACUCGGGCAGCUACAGCCAGCACAUGAACCACCGGUAUUCCUACUGCAAGCCCUACAGGGAAUAG